AUGUCAGCGGAAAGCGAUCUGCUACCGGGAGCCAUCACGCUGCAGGAUAAUGAGCACGAUGACGGGCCAGACGGAGCGAACGUGUAUGGACGGGACCGCAACCGGGCGUGCUGGGCGAAGAAGGUGGAUAUUGUCGACUAUAUACUGGUGAAUGGGGGGACGGCAAAUAUUGGGGCGUUUGUGGUUUGGAAUAUCAAGGUUGAGACGUUGAAUGGCUCGCGAAUGAACAUAAGGAAACGAUAUUCCGAGUUCGACAGUCUCAGGAAACGUCUCGUCCAGACUUUUCCAAACUUCGAGGCGGCUGUACCUCUAAUACCUCCCAAGAGCAUCUUACACAGGUUCCAGCCCAAGUUUCUCGAAAAAAGGAGGGCCGGACUACAGUAUUUCUUAAACUGCAUUUUACUCAAUCCAGAAUUCUCUGGAUCUCCUGUUUUGAAGGAGUUUCUCUUCUCGUAA